UUUCACUCAAAUAUUUUUUAGAAAUGUAUUUUAUUUUAUCUUAAGCAAUAUUCAUACAUCAGAAUGCGCAGAAUUCUAAGUAUUCUAGAUGUAUUACGAAAAGUGCGUCCAAAGCCAAUGGCUGAUGCCACGUCCAGCUCAAAAAGUGGUUCGGAUUGUGAAGGAAGCGGCACGCCAACUUCUAAGCAAAGGAUAAACUUUAAUAAAAAGGAUAAUGCAGGGGGGAAAUCUUCAGGCCCGGGCAACGAGGUGCUCUGGCGGAAUCUUCGCCAUGUGCUAAACAUUUGCGAGGGCCAACAGAAGCCGCCGACAAUUGCGAGCAGAGAAUCGGAUGUGGAGUUUGGAGCCCUGGUGAAUGUGCUUGAGGUACAGCGGUUUGUCAGUGAUGUAUUUGCUGCCAUGAAUGUACCGUUGCAGGCCGCCAGCGAGAUGGCAGAUGCCUUAAUUGCCGCCGACUACAUGGGACAGCGAAGCAUGGGAAUUCAUCGCCUGCCCUCCAUUGCAUCUGAUCUGCUCAAUUUGAGAGUCGAUGCACGUAUGCAGCCCAAAGUGCUGUGCGAACGCGAGGCUCUGGCCCUGGUCGAUGGUCAAAAUGCACCUGGUCCGGUGGUUGCCAAUUUCAGCAUGGAUUUGGCCAUGCUCAAGGCGCGCGAUCAGGGGAUUGGCUUUGUGGCGGCGCGUAGGUCUAACAACAUUGGCAUGGCCUCUUGGUAUGCCUGCCAAGCGUUGGCGCAGCGUAUGAUUGGUCUGUGCCUGUCGAACGGACUGCCAAUUCUGGUGCCCAGUGGUGGAAUUGAGCCACUUUUGGGGGACAAUUGUAUAGCUUGUGCGGCGGCAAGCACACAGGAGCAGUUCCUUGUAGACAUUGGCAUGUCUGCCUAUCCCAUUCAACAGCUCGAACUGGAUUACUGCAAUGGGUAUUUGCAGGAGUUACCCCCUCAGCUGGCCUUGGACUGCAAUGGUCACCCCACGACAAGCACUGCAGCGGCUCUGCGGGCACAGCGUCUGCAUCCCUUUACGCCGGAGCACAAAGGAUUCGGAGUGGCCGCAAUGGUCGAUAUACUUUGUGGUGUGAUGACAGGUGCUCGCUAUGCCUCACAGCUGGGACGUCGUGGUUUGUUCUCGCUUGAUCAGGACAUGGCAGAUCUGGGUCAGGUUUAUAUAGCCAUCGAUCCGAUGCGCUUUUGUGUAUCCUUUGAGGAGCGACUGGCCGACUUCCAUCAGCUGCUGCGCAAUGUGUUACCCUGCAAUCCAAACCAGCCGCCCUUGAUUCCCGGUGACAAGGAGAAUCAGCAUAUGCAAAUGGUUGAUGAUCAGGGCGGGCUAAUCUUAUCGCCCUGCACACUCUACGUCCUACAGGAACUUAGCGAACGUUUCAAUAUAAAUCCUAUAAAGUCCAAUAAAAAAGCAUAGCAAAUUUUCACAAUUGUAAAAUAAAUUCAAUUUAUUUAUAUGAAACUAA